AUGGGUUUUGAUUCAUCAGAAUAUAAUCCUGAUAAUAUCACAGCAGGAACAGUAUUGGUAGAUCCAAUGACACAAAUAGAAAUAGAUCUUUUAUAUUCAGUUUUGUUGUUGGCAGAUAUCACAUCAAUUAUCGGUACCUUUAUUGUAUUAAUUGGUUUUUGGAGACUGAAACUUUUGAGAAAUCACGUGACUAGAGUCAUCUCUUGUUUUUGUCUGACAUCAUUCCUGAAAGAUUUAAUGUCAAUGACCCUAACACUUACAGAUUCCGCUCAAUACGGUGGUUUUCCAUGUUAUUUAUAUUCCAUUGUAAUUACCUAUGGUAGUCUAAGUUGUUGGUUAUGGACACUUUGUUUAGCUAUUAGUAUUUAUUUAAUGAUUGUAAGAAGAUAUCCAGAACCAGAGAAAUUGGAGAGAUAUUAUUUCUUUGUUUGUUGGGGAUUACCUUUGAUCAGUACAAUUAUAAUGUUGUCAAAGGAUUUGGUACAUUUCCUUGGAAAUUGGUGUUGGAUAGGUGAACAAUACACUCCAUAUAGAUUUGCUUUGUUCUAUGUACCGUUCUUUAUUAUUUUCGGUGUUUCUGCCAUUCUUGUUGGACUUACCUGUCACUACACCUACCAGGUGAUUCACAAUGGCGUCUCUGACAACAAAGACAAGCAUAUCACCUAUCAAUUCAAACUGGUCAACUAUAUCAUUGUGUUUUUGGUGUGUUGGAUAUUCGCCGUCAUCAAUCGUAUCCUGAAUGCAAUCGGUCUGUUCCCAUAUGCUUGUAAUCUUCUGCAUACCUAUCUCAGUCUCUCGCAUGGUUUCUACGCAUCGGUUGCCUUUAUCUACAAUAAUCCACUGAUGUGGCGUUUCAUUGGUUCCAAAUUCAUCCGAUUAUUCACCAUAUUCGGUUUCUGUGUGGAGACUGCCAAACGCUUGGAGAAAAACAAGAACAACAACAAUCCAUCGCCGUACAGCUCCAGUCGUGGUCCAACCAUUACCAAACUAUCGAAUAACUCUGGUAUAGAAAUGGAGUCGUCCUCCUACGACGACUACAACGCUGACGGACCGGAAGGUGCCGAUAACCUUAGAACCUCCCCACCUCUGCCACCACCCGUUUCUCUUUCUGGUGACGAUGAUAUUCCAGAGGAUGGAAAUGCCAAUGCCUAG